AUGACAAACAUCACUCGACAUCUCGUCACACACCUUCUGACGUUCUCGCUGCAGAACGGGGAAGUGCAGAGCGUUGAGGAAGCUCAGAACCGUCUUUCCUUCCUGGCUCAGAAUAAAAAGCUAUGGAGUCAACAGAUGUACCUGGAUGUAGGAGCAGGGGGCAUUUAUCUCAGAGACGUACAGAGUCAGGAUGAGCUGGAGAGCUACGCUUUCAGAUCCAUCUUCCGCUGUGAAGCUGUUAACACAGAAAAACACUUCCCAUCCCUCCUUAUGUUAGUCUGCCAAGGUGAAGAUCAGAAGAAGCCAGACAUCCACUUCUUUAAUUGUGAAAAGCUGAAGGCAGAGCAAAUCUGCGACGAAGUCACGUUGGCAGUUUCGACUUCCACCGCCAGCAAGAGUAAGCUGCCCCCUGAUGACCACAGGCUUUCUCAGAGUGGAGGAGAUGUGUUCGACCCCUAUAACAUACCAAGUCCUCCCAUGCUGCAUGCUCCUAAUCCCCCACCUGUCAACCCUCCACCUUACCCUGGACCCAGAGCAAAUGGCGGACCUGAUAUCUCUUUCCUGGGAGCAGAGAGAGAAGUGGGGAUCCUUAAUCACUGUUUCGAUGAAAUCGAGGCCUUCAUGGGCAAGCUGCAGCAGACUGCUGAAGCUGCAACGGUGCUGAACCAAAGAAAGAAGAAGAAGAAGAAGAACAGUAAAAAGCAAAGCGCUGAAGACGAGCUACUCGCCACAAAAGCUCGCCCUCCACCAGAUGGGGAAUUCGUUGAUAUCUUCCAGAAAUUCAAAUAUUGCUUCAGCCUCUUGGCUCGCCUGAAAUCAACCAUCACCAAUCCUUCUUCAGAGGACCUCAUUCACCAUGUGUUCAAGCCUCUGGAUAUGAUGGUAAAAACAACAGGAGGACCAGCUUUUGGAGCCGCCAUAUCCAGCCCUGCCCUGACCAGCUCUGCGGUGUCCCUUCUACAAGAUGCCCUGACUGAGGAGGAGAGGCAGCUCUGGACGUCGCUGGGACCCAACUGGACACACCCUCGGUCUCAGCUGCGUGGGCCUGUAGCUCCAUACACCCCAGUGUUCUUUGAUGGCUGGAAGCCAGAAGCCUUGAGGCCUGACGGGCAGGUUUGGGAGGAUCCGGUCGAGUCACAGCACAAACUCGAAGCCCUUCGAGAAAAACAAGAGCAACAACCACCUCAGCCACCAAACGAUGACACAGAUUCACUCCCACCGGGGCCUGACAGACUCUACUGCUGCAGUUAUGACUUCAUUGCCAGGAACAGCAGUGAGCUUUCAGUGCAGCAGGGGGAGACACUGGAGGUGAUCGAGUCAUCCAAGCGCUGGUGGAAGUGUCGUAAUCGGUUUAACCAGGUCGGCUUCGUCCCCUUCAACAUCCUGGAGCCCAUGGCUCACAUAGACAGCCCUGUCCACAACAGACCCCCCAGUGUUCCAGCUGCGCCUCCACUUUCCAAGAAUGUCACUCUCGCCCCACCCAGCCCCCCUGCUCUUCCCAAAACCACCCCCACCCACUCCCCACAGCGCCCACGCAGCUUACCAUCAUACAACCAGCAUGUGCAAGCUGUUGAGGACAAUGACAAAGUCACGCUGGUAAAUGAUGAGCUGCUCCAGAGACUGACGAAUGGAAAGUCCAAUCUGAACAAGCCCCUCAUCAUCCCUCGCUCUGCAGACACCUCCCUCCCCCUUGACUACAACUCUCCUCCAGAGGAGGUGGCUGAGUGGCUCAGAGGGAAGGGCUUCAGCAAACCGACAGUGUCAUGUUUGGGUGUGCUGACAGGCGCCCAGCUGUUCUCUCUCAACAAAGAAGAGCUGAAAGCUGUGAUUCCAGAGGAGGGUGCCAGAGUGUACAGUCAGCUCGCUGUGCAAAAAUCACUGCUAGAGGAUGCCAGAAGGGCCACAGAGCUGGAGGCAGUCAUGGAGAAACAGAAACUGAAGGUUGAUCUGAAGCUGGAGAGCAGUACAUUGUGAGGAACAGCAUCCACAUUGUGAAGAGCGUUACAUGAAGGACUGUGUUUUCCCGUCCCCAGAGACCGAACAUGUGGCAGUAACCUGACUAUCUAACAUUAAAUCACGGCAUGAGGGUCAUACGGUAUUAUUACCUGAUGUUAAAACCGAGCUUUCUGUCAGCAAUAUGAGACGUAGGAAUUUAAUAUAACCAGGUGCCGUGCAAACUAAAGGGGACUGAUUUUGCUUUUCCUUAUUUUAUGCCAUAUAUGUACAGUUACAGUGUUUUUUGUGUAUGCUCAUAUUAAAC